AUGAAGAAGAUGAAAGUUGUGGCUUUUGUUAUGCUCAUUUCUCUUUUUCUGCUUUCUCAGGUACUCGCUGAGUUCUCUUCAUCAACAAACGCUGAAACAUCCUCUGUUUCUCAGAUUCAUCAGACGAACGACGAGAACCAAGUGGCGGCGUUUAAGAGAACACACCAUCAUCGUCCACGAUUCAAUUGUGGGUAUGCGUGCGCGAGGAGAUGCAGAGAGACGUCGAGGAAGAAAGUGUGUUACAGAGCGUGUGGAAGUUGCUGCGCCAAGUGUCAAUGUGUGCCGCCGGGAACCUCCGGCAACACAGCAUCAUGUCCUUGCUACGCCACUCUCCGUACGCAUGGCAAUAAGCUCAAGUGUCCUUAA